GCUUCUCCCCACCCACGCCGCCAUCUCCCUGCUUCUCCCCACCCACGCCGUCAUCUCUCCGCUUCUCCCCUUUUCCCAUCUCUAAUUCAUCCUAAUCCAUCCAAUGGGAUCCCUCCAAUCUGGUGGCCACUGAUGUGCAUCACCGCAAUACAUCAACAGGGAUUGAUUGGCUUGGUGGCCGGACUAAUUAACAAGACUCAGCGGAGGGGCGGACGAUUGGUGGCCGUGGAGGUUGGGGGACAGAGACCGGCCGGGGUGUGUGUUGCGGCCGACGGCGGCGACUUGUCUACGGCAGCUGUGGCCCAGAUUAAUAAUGGCGAGGAUACCAAGACGACUUCGGGACUUGAACCUUACAAUGCAUGAGCCAGAACAUGUGCCGCUUGUUGAAGAAAAUCUGCAAGGUCCUCCAGAGAUUGAUAACAUAGUACCAGGAAGAUGUCAUGAAUCCACUAGACAAAUCAAGAUAAUUUGGCCAAAUGGAGAGACGCAGCAGAUUGUAGGGGAAUUUCGGUUGAAGAAUUUAUCCCAGGUAGCUGGAGGAACGAUAAUUGUGGAGACUAAUGAAAAAGGUAUUCCGAAUGAAAGGUCUGCUUCAAUUCUUAGCAGCUAUCUGAGUGACCUUGCGGAGAACUCCACACUUGCACCGCUGAACAUUCCAAGAUGGGACAAUGAAUUAUUUUUUCCAAGAAAGAACAACAUUAUUACGGAUGUGGAGGAGAAAUUUGUCUAUCCAUCUGAGACAAAGCAGCUUACACGAGAUUGGGUCCUAAUGACAGUUUGCAAAAGAUGGAGAGCCUACAAAUCUCGCUUGAAGAACAAAUAUUUCAAACGCAAAGAAAGGUCUCUCCAAGAAAUUAUCAGUAAUGUUCCAAUAGGUGUUAAUGAGCAUCAAUGGGAGACUCUAGUUGGAAUGUGGUGUCAAGAUUCACACAUGAAGUUAUGUGAGAAAAACAGAGAGUGUGAGAAGCAACAAAAGAAUCCACACACAACCGGGAGAAAAAGCCAUGCCAGACUUCAAAAAGAGAUGGAAAUCAAAAGGAAAGCACCAAUCCACAAGAUUGACCUAUGGGAUGAAGCUCAUAAGAAAAAAGAUGGCAAUUACACAAGCGACAAUGUCAAGACAAUAAUGGAUGCAGCUAAUGAGGAGUUAAAAAAAGGAAAAUGGAUCAGAAUGGUAGUCUUUCCACUGACGAUUACAGUGAAGCCUUUAAUGGUGCACUUGAUAAAAAGGCAAAACUUCGAGGUUACUAUGAAGAAAAGUAUUGGAGCGGUGUAAAUGUUUCCCAAGGAAUAACUUUUGUUGGGAAAUCGGAUCAAGAAAAUCUCCAGUUUGAAGUACGCACGGUUAAAGAUAAUGUAGAGGAUGUCAAAGAUGAUGUAAAGGACGUCAAAGAUGAUGUAAAGGACGUCAAAGGUGAUGUAGGGGACGUCAAAGGUCAGAUGGCUAUGAUAGCUGCCUUCCUUGCAAAAAAGUUUCCUGGAGAGAGCUGGAGAAAUGAACUGGAUUCUACAACUGAAAGUUAUCAUGUCACUUUAUCUGAAAGAGGUAACAAUAUCCAAUGUGAAUCUUAUAAUGUCCUUCAACAAUCAAAUGAUGAUGUGCAAGAGCCAGGAACUACCAUGCAGGAGCUGCAGCAGACCAAAUCAAAACAGGUUUGUAGUAAUGCGCAUUUACCACAUGAACAAGUGAUCGCUAAGAAUGCCCAUGUUGAACAUAAUCUUGGAGUGCAGAAAGGUGGUCAUGAACCAAGUUUACGACCUCACCAAGUCACUAAGCAGAAUGCUAGUGCUGAAAAUAGCAAGGCAACCAAGCCAUGUGGUCAUCACCAAGUCACUAAGCAGGAUAAAACAGAAGUUGUGUUGUAUUCAAUGAACUCGAGAAACAAAGACAAGCCGGUGGUCCAAGGAACUUUAGUGAGUAAAGAGAAAACAUAUGUGGUUGGAGGAUACAUGCUUGGAGUGCAAUACGUUGCAGUUCUUGUUCGUGGCUAUACAUAUCUAGCAAAUGAGAGACUAGUUAGACCAUAUGAAAAAUUUGAAACAGUAAAGGAUGCUUUUGGUUCUGUUAUUGCUUGGCCUCGCUCACAUGUAAAAGUAGUUAAGCCAACCACUCCAGCACAACCACAAAGCAUUGGGUGAUGAUGACUUGAAAAGGGAGUGCAUUAAAGGAGCUAGGAGUAGUUGACCAGUUGACGGUUGUUGAUAUGAAAAGGGAGUGCAUUGGAGGAGUUGCGAGGAGUUGAUGAAUCUAUCUUUAAAUGAACAAUAUUAUGCAUUAUGUAUAGAUUUUAGAUUCGUAGAGAAACAUAGUUGUUCUCUAUAGGAUAUUUUCUUAUUUAUUUGCACAAGCGUAUGUUUCAUAUGAAUGUUUGGUAUUAUUCAGUUGUAAACUCCACGUACUUUAUGUGGAGACAUUGUUUCUGCUAAUUAAUGCAUUGGAUGUCAUUACUGUUGUUGCUA